UCAUCCGUUUUAAAAGUUUUAUAUAAGGGGAAGAGGGAAGUCAAGACACUCAAGAACAGAACAACUCAAGAUACAGGAAGAGAAACACAAUGAACGCAUAUGUGAAGACAAACACAUUCUACAUUUCAAUCUGGAUUUGGAUCAUUUUAGGUGUUGAAAGCUACAGCGGUGGGUCAAACCAUACAUUAACUAUUUAUCCUGGAGGAUCUGUCAUCAUCCCAUGUCAUUAUGACAAGAAAUACACACAGCAGAAGAAAUCCUGGUACUCAGGGAUUGAUCAAACAUACACAUACACAAACACAACAGAGCAGGAUCUAUCAGUAAUUGAUCAUCCUGAUCAGAGUCUCUUUACUGUGACUAUGAGAAACCUGCAGAACAAACACAGUGGACUUUAUUAUUGUGUUGUGGAGACUGGAGAACAACCACCGAUAAAAACAAUAUAUGAGCCUUAUCUCAAGAUUCAGUCUACUCCUGAUGUAUCUUUGAUGAACAGCAGUGUCUCUGGACAUGAAGGUGGUGAUGUCAGUGUUCAGUGUCUGUACAGUUCUGGAUAUCAGAAUAAAGUCAAACAGUGGUGCAGAUAUAAAGAUCAGAGAUGUUACACAGUGGGGAGGACUGACACAUCCCAGAAUUCAUCAGUGCAGAUCAGAGAUGAUGAUGGGGGAAGAUCCUUCACUGUGCUGAUGACUGGACUGAGACGGACUGAUUCUGGCUGGUACUUCUGCUCUGUAGGAGAUGCACUGAAUCCUGUUCUCAUCACUGUUCAGAGAGACAAUGAAAAUAAAAGAGAUGCACUGAAUCCUGUUCACAUCACUGUAACGGAGGCAGAACCAGGCACUGUCAGUGACAAAGAAAAUGAAACAAAAGACACGGAGGAGCCACAAAAUAAUGGACUCCUGAUUGUGUGGCUUCUUCCAGCUUUAGCAGCACUUCUGCUGUUCUUGAUUCUGGUCGGUGUUUUCACCUGGAGAUGGAGACGGAGACCCAAACAAGAUAAACCUCACAUCAGAGGGAGAAACAGCAGCAGAACCACUGACAUGGAUCCCAUUAAUGACAUAAUCUACUACAGCACUAUUGUUCAUGUUCCUGGGAGUGAAGCGAUGAAGUCUCCAGCAGGUGGAGCAAUAAACAGCAUAAUAUACAGCACUGUGGCUCCACACUGACAGCAACAGUGAGAACAACACAAGAACAGACCAAGAGAAACACAAUCAGACUGUCUGUCAUGAUUCUGCCUUAAUGUCCUGACUUUCCUCUAGUCUUGAGGCAGGAUCAUGACAGACCCGUGUUUUGUGUACAAGCACGUGGCCUUGUCUUUGGGCCAUGUGCUUGUGUUGUCUCGUUCCUUUGCCCCGCCCCCCUUGUUAUCCUAGUUUUGUCGUGAUUGCCUUACCUGUGCCACCUGUUGUGUCUUGAUUAGUUUUCCUAUUUAUAUCCCUUAGUGUGCUCUGUCUUUUGUCGGUUCAUUGUUUCUACAGAAUUGUUUACAUAUUAGCUUGUGAGAUGUUGUAUUGUUACCCCUUGAAGAAAUCUCUGUAUUUCCCGUGAGUGUUUGUCUGUAGUUAGUGUUCUAGUGUUUUGAAUUUGUUUAUCGUGUCAACCCAGUCCUGUUAAGUUAGUUAGUCUCUGCCCUAGUCGUUGUUUCCCCCCUCGUGGGUUUUGUUUUCCCCUUUUGUCUUUAAUAAACCCUCUGUGUAGUGAUUCCUGUCUGCGUAUGAGUUCCUCCCUUACCCUCCACAUGACACUGUCAUCACACACCUUUCUAUUUGCUUAAGCUUUUUUUUUAUUAAUUUGCUCAUGUGAUGUGAACCUAAUAUUUUAUUUUAAAAUAUAUAAUUAUAUUUCUGAAAGGACCUGUAUGAAUAGAUGUGAGGGUCAAGACUAUUGAAAUUUCAAAACAUAAUUGUAAAUGAAUGCACAGUUCAUAACUAGCCUACUCUGUCAAAAAGUGAUCAAAUGGGAUUUUUUUCUUAGCAGUAUGUAAUUCUACAUAUUGUUUUAUAGACUCGGUUUAAUUUCUUCAAUUUAAAAAUAAUUUUUUUGCUUACUUGUAAAGUGUUGCUUUCUGUAACUUGCAUUAUUAUAAACACCUGCAUAUCUAAAAUAAAGUAUUGUAGUUUAAUGUGUGAAGAAAUAAUGACUCAUUUCCUUGAUUGACUGUCAUUGAUCUCGUCUGAAUGUUCAAGUGUUGCUUGUUCUUGUGUGUUUUUGCGGUUGUGUCACCUUUGUAUUCUUUUAUUAUCUUUUACAGGAAACUGUGCAGGCACAGUACUUAUGUUUUUAUGUACUUGAAUUUCUUAUAUUUUUUAGAUAAUAUAACAGACUGGAUAUACUCAGAUAUGUUGCGAUAUUUCACUGCUAUUAAUUGUUAUAAAAUUCUUUCAUAUUUUAAAAACAUGGACAAUUAAAAUUUCUUUAAUCAUCAGUUAUUUUAUUAAUCCUAUUUGCUUUUUCAAAAUUAUUUUAUACCAACCCCCAUGAAACCUCAGUUGGAAAAAUGA